AUGUAUAUUUGGUUGAACAUUGAUACAAAUUCAGUAGCAGUGUUUGGUUCCUUAAAGAUUUUGAGCUACAAUGUUUGGUUCCGAGCAGACCUGGAGAUGCAUAGGAGGAUGGAAGCACUUGGUGAACUUAUUCAACUACAUUCACCAGAUGUCAUUUGUUUACAGGAGGUUAGUCCGAUAUAUGACAUAUUUCAGCAAUCCAGCUGGUGGAAAGCAUAUCAAUGCUCUGUUUCUUCUGAAAUAGCAAGUUCAAGAAGAUACUUUUGCAUGCAGUUAAGCAAACUACCAGUAAAAUCUUUCAGCACUAAACCCUUUAUGAAUUCAAUAAUGGGGAGAGAACUUUGCAUUGCUGAGCUUGAAGUACCAGGAAAAAAGUCAUUAGUUGUUGCCACUAGCCAUCUAGAGAGUCCUUGUCCAGCACCUCCAAAAUGGGAUCAGAUGUUCAGCAAGGAACGUGUGGAUCAGGCAAAGGAGGCCAUCAACCUUCUCAAGAAGAACUCAAAUGUGAUUUUUUGUGGUGACAUGAACUGGGACGAUAAGUUGGAUGGUCAGUUUCCUUUCCCUGAUGGAUGGGUUGAUGCCUGGGUAGAGUUGAAGCCAGGGGACGAUGGAUGGGAAUAUUUAGACACGGUCAAAGAUAGUAAAUAUUUAUUUCAUAAAAAAAAAUAAAGAUAGUAAGUGUUU